GCCCAGAAGCUGAACCUGACGGGGCUGCAGAACCAGUGGCUGUUCGUGCUCCCGGACACGAACGCCGUCACGUACAACCCGUACCCGUACCUCAAGAGCGUGAAGGACGGGGACAACUUCGCCUUCAUCUACAACAACUCCCUGCCGCAGGCGCUGCGCUCCAACUGCCAGGAGACGAUCUUCUGCUACGUGGCCACCACGGUCGACCUUGCCAUCAGGGGCUGGGAGGAGGACUUGAAGAAGCAGUAUGCGUUGAUGGAGGAGCUCCCGCUCGAGGAGUGGGAUGACGUGAGGCCGAGCAAGGCGGACAGGGCCGGGAACGUCGCGGAUUACGUCCAAAGCCUGAUAGACGGCGAAGAGCGGUGCUCCGGCUGCAUCAACUGGGGACUGGAGGCCGUGGAGAUCAAGAGCGAGACGAAGUUCGACUUCGUCGACGUCGGGGCGUGGCAGCCGUUUCAGGGAUUGCACCUGUUCGACGACCUCUUCCCCCAUGUCACGGGAGGGUUCCGGAAGCGGGUCAUCGCCGUGGCGUCCGUCAAUUUCCCGCCCUGGCAGAUCUACAUACGGGACAAGAAUGGCGCUGUCAUCGAUUACUCGGGGCUCAUGUUCGAACUCAUGGACGAGUUGGCCCGGAAGCUCAACUUCUCGUACAUUGUGUACACGCCAAGCGACGGGACGAACACGGGGGUGGUCAACAUGGUGCAGUCCGGGGAAGCCUUCCUCGGGGCCGCCGCGAUGGUCGCCACCGUCCCUUUCCUUUCUCGAUCCUCUCUCUUCGUCUUGCACAAUAAUUUCUUAUUUGGUUCUCUGCAGGUGAUCAGCGAUGACAGGCUGAAGCAAGUCGCCUUUACAGCCACGAUCGACAUUCAAUCAUACAGUUUCAUGUAUUCCAGGCCGAAGGAACUCAGUCGGGCGCUCAUUUUCAUCGAACCUUUCACGCCUUUCGUGUGGAUAUGCAUAGGAUUGACGUUCGUCAUCAUCGGGCCUCUGCUGUGGAUCAUCACCAAGUACUCCCCGUUUUACCUCCAUCACGGAAUCACGCACAACGGAUUAUUCCAAGUCGGCAACUGCAGCUGGUACUGCUACGGAGCACUCAUGCAACAAGGGGGGAAUCACAUGCCGGACGCCCUGAGCGGGAGGAUCCUGGUGGGGACGUGGUGGCUCUUCGUGAUCGUCGUCGUCACGUCCUACUCCGGGAACCUGGUCGCCUUUCUCACCUUCCCCAAGAUCCAGAACCCUCUCAACACGCCGCAGGAUAUCUUGGACAAUUCCCGCUACUACACUUGGGGGGUUAAAAGCGGCGAUUACAUCCUGGAGUAUUUCAAGGUCGCAACGGAGCCCUUGUACAAGGGACUGGGCGAGAAAGUCAUCGUGCACCAACCCGGGACGGAGGCCAAGGUCUUGGACCUCAUUCGCAACAACAACCACAUCUACAUCGCAUGGAAGACCAACCUUCUCUUCCUCAUGAAAGACGGCUUCAAGGCGACCAACACCUGCGACUUCUCUCUCGGCAGCCAAGAUUUCUUCGAAGAACGUGUCGCCAUGCCGAUAAACAGAGCCAAUCCAUAUCGAGACGUCAUCAGUCAAGAAAUCAAUCGGAUGCUGGAAAUCGGUCUGACGGAGAAAUGGAAGCAGAUGUACUGGCCGAGGGACGACGAGUGCUCCACGACUGCCCUGGGUGGGGGAGACGCCACCAGGACUGUCAGCAUCAGGGACAUGCAAGGCUCCUUCUACAUCCUCGCUAUAGGCUUCGGAACGGGAGCCCUGCUGGUCAUCUUGGAAUGUUUAUUCGCUCGACGAGGGAAGGGCGUCGUCGUCAAGGUCUCUCAAUUGCAGAAGCAGAGCAAGGGUCACAAGGAUGUCAUCUACCCUUUCGUCUCCUAAUCGCGAACGAUGUCGGCGGGCACGGCUUCAUUGCACUCCAAAGAUUCCUUUGCACCCUCAAACGUCUCUCUCUCUCUCGUGUCUCGACACUUGUUCUUUUUUUCCGGUUUUCUCUCUACCACUGGCACCGAUUGAUGUGAAUUAACUGUGCUAUUCCCCUUUGCUUGGGCAUAUUCUGAUGGUGACAGGAGGAGUGAUCUCUGAAAUGAAUACCCU